AUGGCAUCCGAGGAUGGUGCGGGUAUCGUGUCAAACGUAGGAUAUGAUGUAAAUAAUACAAGCCAGCGGGCAAUCGAGUCAGUUGGGAGCGAAACAGUGGGUGUUACGUCAUUCAGGACGGCGGCACGUAUCGUCGUCGAGGAGACGAACGAAGGUGCGCGCGAUCCCGCGCAUAAUUCGCCGAGGACGCCCACGGGUCUCCCUGCAGCGUCACCGUUUCACACGAACACGGAAGGGCACGCGUUACAGAGAAACACGGGCCUCGCGAGCUCGUCUGGUGAUGUGGCUCAACUGGUUGCGAGCAGCGAGCCUAACAACGAAACGCACCAGCCGUCCUCUCAACGGCGCAGCAUGUCUUGUCAUGAUAGUGACCUGGACGACACUGCUCGUCUUCCAAGAGAACCAAACGGAAGUCCAGAUCAUUGCAACAAUGAUGUAGUAAAAACUGCUAAGGAUCCAGUUGAACAUACUGAUUCCACACGUAACAACGACACAAUGUUAUCUGGAGACAUGCACAUAUUAUCCACAAAAACAAAAUUAGAAGGAUGUGUGAAUUUUUCCAAUAAUACCCCACAGUUAGGAGAGAGUCCACAAAGUAAUGGCGAAGUGAUCAGUAGUCCGAGGAGUCCAGAUUAUCCUCCGAGAGUUUCUGUCAGUCCUCAUCCUCACAGUCAAGAUACGACAUUUCCCAUUACCAUGAUGUCGGCGAAUUCUACAGUUAUUAUGGACACAGCAAAAUAUAGCGAAGAAAAUACUGAAAAGAACACGAUCACAUGUAUGGAUAAAAUAGCUGAUAAUCUAUUUUGUUCGUCGCCGAAGAAAAUAGGCGAUUCACAAGUAAUAAAAACAGAAUUGAGCGAGCAGCAAGACAUUGUCAGAGAAGACAUUACAAACAAAGAAUUGACAGCAGAUUCUAUUGAGAUUAAGAAAGAAUUUGUGGAUUUACAGGAAACAUUUGAAAUGGUUAAAUCCGAAUGGACAAAAGAUAAUUUUUCGGAGAUAGAAUCGAAUAGAAAGAAAUUGGCAAUAGAAUUCCAUGACAAAUCUACAGAUUCCAUUGCUAAUCCAUCUUCCAGUUUGCAUUCGUCUUCGAGAGAGAAACGUUCAAAAGAAGACAGACGAUAUUGUUCACGAUGUCACAAACGCAAAGGAAUUAAACGAGCAAGCAUUGGUGUACAAUGCAAACGGGACCGUCAUGUUUUGUCUUCGUUGAGUAGUAAGGUUCUCCCUUUCUCGAAAUCAGUCAAUGAAAACUUAAGGUUAAACCUACAAACGAAAAACUAUAAGAUGUUAAACAAUCCGGUGACGAAAAAGGAAUUACUGGAAGGCCUAAAGUACAAAAAGUUCAUCCAUAUAGAAACAUAUCCUAAUGGUGGUGCAACAGUUGUCCAUAUGUUUCAGGAUGAAAUUGGUACUUUAACAAAUGAGCAAAUGCAAGAAUUGGCACAGGAAUAUUUCAAAGUGGUUUUUGGUGAAGACGAAAAUGGAAAUGCUCAUCAUGUUAUGGGUAUAGUACAUAAUGCAGCUGCAUACUUACCUGAUCUUCUGGACUAUAUGGCGAAUAAUUAUCCCACAUUGACUGUAAAAAACGGAGUUUUGGGUAGAAACAGUGAUAUAGAAACAACCACAAUGGCUCAAUACAAAGAUCAAGUUUGUAAAGCUUAUAGUAAUGGCACUAUUAGAUAUGGGCCGUUGCAUCAAAUAAGUCUAGUGGGUACUGUUCACGAAGAAGUUGGUGGAUAUUUCCCGGAUCUACUACAAAAAUUAGAAGAAAACCCGUUUUUAAAAAUGACAAUGCCUUGGGGACCUCUAUCUGUCGUGAAGAUGGAUACACCGCAAGAGUCAAACGACGGUCCUAUUUUGUGGAUUCGACCAGGCGAACAGCUAGUACCAACAGCUGACAUAAAUAAAAGUCCGUAUAAACGACGCAGAACGGGCAUUAAUGAGUUGAGGAAUUUGCAAUAUCUACCACGGCUUAGCGAAGCUCGAGAGUACAUGUUCGAAGAUCGUACGAAGGCGCACGCUGAUCAUGUUGGCCAUGGAUUGGACAGGAUGACCACAGCAGCAGUUGGCGUGCUGAAAGCCGUCCAUGGUGGCCAAGCGUCCCAAUACAACAGGAUUACGAAGGAUGUCGUGGCUUUUUACGCGGGCGAUUUUACCGAACUUGUCGAGAAAUUGCAAUUGGACUUGCACGAGCCGCCGAUAUCACAGUGUGUGCAAUGGGUGGAGGACGCGAAAUUGAAUCAGUUGCGUCGACAAGGUGUCCGUUAUGCUAAGAUAAAUCUUUAUGAUAAUGAUAUAUAUUUUCUACCACGCAACAUCAUCCACCAAUUCAGGACAGUUUCAGCUGUUUCGAGUAUUGCUUGGCACAUCAGACUGAAACAGUAUUAUCCAGAAUCGCAGCACAGUACGAGUAUCAGACACAGUCGUGUAGUAAAUGAAUCUGCUCAUCGUAUCAAAGAAAAAAAGCCUUUAGAAGCUGUUGGCGACGAGCAGAAGGAGAAUACGAAUCGGCAGCGUUUAGAUCAGAAAUUAUCGAUUGAUUCUCUCGAAAAGGCGAAGGAAAGAGCAGCCGAAUAUCAGGGUAAUCUGAAGAAAUCUGAUCAGCAUGGUAAGCAUCGCAAAAAUCGACAUCACUCCAGUCAUUCGUCACUCAAACGAAAGGAUAAGGAAGAGGGUAGCGACAACCAGUCAUCAGAUCCAUUUGGUAGCACUAAAUCAUCCAAGAGUGAAACUAACGAACAGAAACAGAACAGCGAUAAGAGGGACGAGAAAAGAUCCGAGAAAAAACACAAGGAUCGCCGUCGCAGCAGUGAGAAAUCUAGUAGUCAUCACACACAUAGUAGUAGUAGUAGCAGUUCUGAUAACUGUCACUCUUGUAAGAAGAAAAAAUAUGAUAGUAACGGUCACAAAUUAGAUCAUCGUUGUAGUCAUCAUGAGAGAUCUAAUAGUAAGAGUAUAUCGAGUAAAGAAAGCGUUACUGGUGUAGAAACGAGAAUAGUUUCCAAAUUUGAUAGUUCGUCUUCCUUGAAGGAGACUAAAAGAAGAUUGAGCUCAGAAUUGUCUCCAUCGGUAGACAUACCUGGAGUUGAAGAUUCUUCUCCAAUUAUUCUCGACGAAGAAUUAUUGAUGCAGCGGCAAACUGUUGCCAAAACAUACGCCACUGAGGUUGUGGAUAGAGCGUUGGAGAUAGCUAUCUACAAAUCGAAGACUGAUGUCGAGGAAGUAUGCCAAUCGUUACGUACCGAAGUUUCGGAAGCCUCGAAGGAAGUGUUGGAAAAGAUUCACAAGGAAAGCUUUGAAAUCGCCGAGCAAUGGUUCAAAGAUGACACUGUAAAACUGGAGAGAUACUGCCAUUUGCUCGAGAUGGAAACUGUGUUAGCAUUCACAUCGAAAAUGGAAUGCGCGACGGAAAACGCCGUUAAGGCAUUGAUUGAAAUGGCGGAAGACGAGGCGAAGGAGAGAGCGAAAAGCGAGAAAACUAGCGACUUUGCAACCAACGGUAAUCCAUGCAGCGAGAAUUCAACAGCGACAACGACAACAAUAGGUGUCUCUUCAUAUUCUUCGUCCGCAAUGUCCUCUACGUCUCCGUCUACGGAGAAUGAAAGACACAGCACCAGCAGAAAUGGCAGCAGUGAUGAAAAUUCACCUAAAUCGUCCGAAUCUCACGGUACGGCUCAUUCGAAAUCAAAAUGCAGAAACAGGGACGAGAAGGAUUGCAGGGAGCGAAGGCAUAAGAAAAGAAGGGAUCACGAGAGACGGGAAAGAAAGCACGAUCGACAUCAUCAUCGGAGUCCUACUCAGUUAAAAUCCGAAUCUAAAACAUCCGAUGACGCCAACAAGGAUGAUGCUUUGAGCAUUCCUGGGCUAUCAGAUGGUUAUUCUACCAUCGAAAAAUCGGAGCGAAUGAGCUCGAAAAGUGUGGAGAAAAAAUCCGAGGAGAGGAGAAAGAAAUGUCAUUGCGACCAUCACUGCACUCACAGACAUGGAGAGAAGAGGUCAUCUGGCAGUAACACCAGCAAGGACAGUCACGCGACGUCAAGUCGUUCCCACUCUUCGAGCUCGAAACACAAGAGGAAGUCCAGCGCGUCCAGUGAGCACAAGGAGGCGAAGAGACCAUUUUUGGAAAAGGACUCGAGCGUACGAACUUCAGAAUCGAGUGCGCAGCUGAGCAACGUGGUAAGCACGACGAUGACGAUGAUAACAACGACGACGAUGACGACGACGUCGACGACGAUGACGAUGACGACGGCGACGACGAUGACGACGGCGACGACGACGACGACGACGACGACGGCGACGACGACGGCGAUCGCAACAGCAACAAAUUCGACGCAUUUGUCGCCAACGAACACUAUUGUGUCAACCACGUGAAAAGGUGAUUUUUUGGCGACUGUAAUACAAUCCGUUCGUUAAGGAUGUGAAUUCGCGCGCGGCGGAACGAAACCGGUGUUUUACUUGAGCGUGAAUUUUAAUCGUAUCGUCGCUCCGUGUCCGAACACAUGAGAGGAUAGGGACAAUGGGAUAAAUUAUAGACCACGGGAGAUAUACUUUUAAAAGUAGAGAUCGCCGUGUUUCAAUCCAAAGACGAGAGAUAGGACCUUUACUUGAUUGACAGUUUGCUAUCUUCUUCCUGCGACUACAAACAUAGUACACAUACAUAAUACAUAAACAUUUGAACAUAGCACACGCAUUCGCCUUAGUCUCGAACAGAGAAAUUAACAAUACGAAAAAGUAGUAUUGUUCUCUAGAAAGUACAUCCGCAUACACACACACACACACACACACACACACACACACACACACACACACACACACACACACAC